AUGUCAAUAAGAGGAUUUGCCUUCACUUCUAUGUGCUCUCAUUAUAAUAGGGAAUGUGAAUCUACAACUCAUAUUUUCUUUCACUGUAAAUUUGUUUCUCAAAUUUGGAAAUGGUUCUCCGACUUUUUCAAUCUUCACCUCCCUAUCAAGAUUUUCUUGGAUUACAAGCAAGCCUUGAACAUUUACUGGACUCCUCAAUUGAAAGUUACUUUUAAUGCUUAUCUGGUCAAUAUAUUUUUUGAGAUUUGGAAAGCCAAAAACAUAAUCAGAUAUGAUGAAAAAUUGGUUCAUUGGAAAUCUUGUGUUACUUCCAUUGUUGCUGCUACUAGUUUAUCUGGAAAUCAAACUAGGAAAGAUUUUAACUCUUCUAUGAAUAACUUAUGCAUUCUCAAGAAAUUUAAGAUUAAUAUCCAUCAACCUAAAAUCAAGAAAAGCAUUAGCAUUCUUUGGAAGCCCUCUCCUAGGGGGUGGAUCAAAUGUAACAUAGAUGGUUUAGCUAGAGGUGUUCCUUCUUUUUGUUCUUGUGGGGGAAUCUUUAGAAAUGAGUCAACUGGCUUUUGGGGAAGCUUUACUAAUUUCUUGGGUGAUGAUAAUGUUAUGUAUGCAGAGUUGUCUGCAUCCAUGACAGCGGUGGAGCAAGCUAGGGAUAUAAGAUGUAAUAGUCUUUGGAUUGAAUCAAAUUCCACUAUUAUGGUGAAAGUCUUCACAAAUGUUACGUUAGUUCCUCAGAGAAUAAAGGCUAGAUGGUUGAAUUGUGUAGCUAUUGCUCGUGAUAUGAGAAUUUUGGUCUCCCAUUAG